AUGUCAGAUAAUAACAGUUCAGAAGAGCUAGAGACUUGGAUCAGUAAUUUCUGUGGUCUUUAUGGUCAUGAUUAUUUUGUGGAAGUUGCACCAGAAUUUAUAGAGGAUGAUUUCAAUUUAACAGGAUUAUCAUCAAUAGUACCAUUUUAUAGAGAAGCAUUAGAUAUGAUAUUGGAUUUUGAACCUGAUAAACCUAUAAGUGUUAGUGAUUUACCAUUGGUACAACAUAGUGCUGAAUUAUUAUAUGGAUUAAUUCAUUCAAGAUUUAUAUUGACAAAACAAGGUUUACAACAAAUGGUUGAUAAAUAUGAUAAAAAGCAAUUUGGUGUUUGUCCCAGAGUUUAUUGUGAAAGUAUGCCAUUUUUACCAAUAGGAAGACAUGAUCAACCUGGUGUGGAAACUGUUAGAUUAUAUUGUCCUUCAUGUUUUGAUUUAUAUUUACCAAAUAGUUCAAGAUAUUUGAAUAUUGAUGGUGCUUUCUUUGGUACUACAUUCCCUGGAUUAUUUAUUAAAAUAUUUAGUGAAAUUGAUCAACAAAUUAAAUUAAGAAAUAAAAAACAAUAUGAAUUGAAAAUAUUUGGAUUUAAAAUUAAUGAAGAAAGUCAAUUUGGUUCAAGGAUGAAAUGGUUAAGAAAAUUACCAAAAACUGAAAAAGAAUUUGAAGAAUUGAAUAAUUGUCAAUAUGAAAUUCCAUUAGAUGAUGAAGAAGAUAUUGAAGAUGAAGAUGAAAAUAUAGAUGAUGAUCAAGAAGAAGAUGAUGAUGACGUUGAAAUGAAAUGA